ACUCGAUGCCAGGCGAGCCUUGAUCAUGUUCAUGUCGUAUAACGACACCCCCGUGGAACUAUCGGUGGCUGACAAGGCACUCAACACACUGGUCCGAGUGGCUCAGGCAGAAGGACGGACUGUGAGUUUCAAGGCAACCUGGCUUAAGCGAGACGCCCCCCUCUAA